GGUGGCGGAGACACCCGGGGAGUCCCAGUCUGAGAGAGUCCGGCAGGCUGUCCACAUGCACGGAGGGAGGCUGCACACGAGGAGUACCGGCGCUCCGGGGAAAUACUUUGAGUGAAAACCUAGUGGAUUAUACAAUAGACAAUAUAUAUAUUUUUUACCAUUUUCACCAUUCUACUUGUUGGAGCAGCCAAUUCACCUGUCAGCAUGUCUCGCGGUCCAGAAGAUGUCAGCAAGCUCACCGAAAGUACAUACAAGAAUGUUAUGGAACAGUUUAACCCAGGUCUAAGAAACCUGGUGAACCUUGGCAAGAGCUAUGAAAAGUCUGUCACAGCAAUGACCAUCGCUGGAAAGACUUAUUUUGAUGCUGUUUCAAAGAUCGGAGAGAACGCCCAUAAGUCUCCAGCCUCCAGAGACCUUGGUAUAGUACUGAUGGAGAUCGCAGAAGCUCAUCGAAAAAUCUACAAUGAAAUGGAAGAAAAUCUGAGGAGGUUUCACAGAGACAUUAUCGUCGAACUGGAGAAGAAGACGGAUAUGGAUGUCAAGUACAUGAAUGCCACAUUUAAGCGCUAUCAGUCGGAACACAAGCUGAAGCAGGACUCCCUAGAGCGCACACAGACUGACCUGAAGAAGCUGAGGAGGAAAAGCCAAGGAAAACACUCACACAAAUAUGAAAUUAAAGAAAAUGAGUAUUUGGAGACCAUCUCGUCACGCCAGAUGGACAUGCAGAAGUUUAUUGCCGACGGCUGUAGAGAGGCCCUGUUGGAAGAGAAGAGGAGAUUCUGUUUCCUGGCGGACAAACACUGCAUGUUCUCCUAUCAGAUGAGCAACUUCCAUGACAAGGCCAAAGAGAUUCUGUUGGACCGUUUCCCCAGCUGGCAGGAGAAGUGCUCAGACAUCAGCGAGGUCCCUGAAACAGUAUCAGAUAUGAUCGAGCAUUUGGCCACUACACCACAAGCAACACCUGUGCUGCAGCGCAACAACAUAAACAAUAUUGAUAUCCCUCCUCCCGCGCCACCAUUAAAAGCUCAGAUCAGUCCACUUGCUAACAUGUUCAACCAGGAGCCCAUGUUUUCUCUGCCAUCCUCGCCAGACCAUAACUCAGACCAGAGCAGCCUCGGAGAAUGUAACCUGUCCAGAUCUACAUCCCAGUCAUCAGGUAUCAAUAUAUCUCAGAAGCCACGCGUGAGGACCAUCUUUCCCCACACAGCCGGCAAUAACGAUACGCUACUCAGCUUCGAUGAAGGGGACAUCAUCAUCCUCCUCAUCCCAGAAGAGAAGGAUGGCUGGCGGUAUGGGGAGCUGGAGAAGACUGGACAGCGCGGCUGGUUUCCUUCUUCGUACUGCAGACCGUACACUGAGUCAUUCAUAUCUAACAGUUCUCAGAGCACACCUGUACAUAGAGGUAGCGUGGUGAGUCUGCCUGAACAUAAUGACCCCGUGCUGUUGCCACCACCAGACUAUAGUGACGAGCUGCCCUCCACGCCAAUGAUCACCUCAGCACAGUCUGCACAGAAUCUGGUAACUCUUGUCAAUGGGACAGCAAAAGCACCUUUUCUUGGGGGGGGCAAUCCGUUUGCAACAGUGAAGCUGAGACCAACGGUCACGAAUGAUCGGUCUGCACCCAAGAUUCACUAGAGGACUGUAACCUCCAGACACAUCGGAGACCCUGCCACCAUCAUCUUCAUUAUCAUCAUCAUCUCAGCAGACCUCAUGCUCCUCUGCAGCUCUGUCAACUCUGGACUAAAUGAGUUUCAACUGUGUGUUUGUGUGCCAACAUGUGGUAUAGGCAUACUAUUAAUAAAACACCAUAUAUCUUAUUUACAGACUAUUUAACUCCAAGUGUCCAAAGCCCCCACCCACUUCCAACUCAGUCUGUCAAGAAGAAGAAAACAU